UAGUAUGGCUGUGAUGCGCUGUUUGAUGGUGAUGGUCACGUUAGCGCUGUGCAACGCAGCGCCACCAGUAACGAAUUCUUUGGUGAACCUCGGCAAGAUGGACAUCGCGUUUUAUAUCGACACAAAACCACAAGAUAUAAAGGGCUCUCCACUUGUCAAGCAGCGGCUUUCUGGAGUGCAGAGUGAACCCUGUGCCUGCUCGAGGCUUAUCUCUCCACGCGAUACCAACCCACUUCCAGAUAUAAUGACCAGACUUCUGCGCAAUAACGAUAUUUUUCCUUUUAACAAGCCUACAAUGUCUCCUCUUUGUUGCGACUCUCAUGAACAGCUAAGGGAGGAGUCUAUAAUACUCGAGAUGGGUCCUCACCAACGUAUUGGAUCUGGUGCCAGUUUGCCGGCAGCUACGCUACUGGACGCACUGGUAGGGCCGGGUCUGUUCCCUCAAGAUCCACACCCACGCUCUAACCCCAUAGAGCUCCUCAUUUUUCCAAGCAAAAAGGAAGUUAAAUUCCCAGAAAUAAAGAAAAAUAAGUUGGCAAAAGACGGUAUUAAGGCAGUUGGUGAUCGUGAGUUGCGUAAUGAUUUCAAAACAUUGAAACCUCCGUCCGUCAAAAAAGACCUCACCGGACAGGAAGUACUGGGCAAGGAGGACAAACGCGAUGACAUGAAAUCCAAUUCCCAUACUAAUCUCGUGUAAUUCGAGAACAGUCA